AUGACAAUCACUGCAAACAUUGUACCAAAGAUAACUGAGACAAUAGAAAGAAAACCAGUGCAGAUAGAAGAGUCGAAAAAUAUCUACGACUUGUUAAAUAAUGUGGAACUAGCUGAUACACUUCCUAGAGAAAAUGAAAGAUCAACAAUAGAACUCCUUAUAGGAAAUGAUUACUAUUUAGAUUUUAUCCUUCCACAGAAGAUAGAGGUACAAAAAGGUCUUUACCUGCUUAAUUCGAAACUUGGAUGGAUAUUGACAGGACGAUCUGGAGAAAUUGAAGUAGACAAGAAUGAUACAAGUAUGUUGAUUCUAACUUAUGGAACGAACAUUGGAAAUACGAACGUGUUUACAAGUAUCGACAAGGUGGUGCCCAGUAAACCAGAUUUGGAAGACUUCUGGAACAUGGAAUCCAUAGGAGUGUAUGAUAAUGACAAGAAACCCGAUGAUAAAAUCGCCAUGGAAAAGUUUCAGAAAACACUUAAGUUCCAGGACGGAAGGUACCAAGUCACUUGGCCAUGGAAGGAAGACAAUACUAACUUGCCCACAAAUAAUGGUCUUGCUGUUGGUAGAUUACGAUCAAUAGUGUCAAAAUUGAAAUAUAGAGCCGAUGUAUUGAAGAAGUAUGACGCAAUUAUACAGGAUCAGUUGAAUAAAGGAGUGAUAGAAAAGAUCCAAGAUUCACAUUCAGAUGGAAUAAAACAUUACCUUCCUCACCAUGCCGUGAUAACGCCACAGAAAGCAACAACCAAACUGCGACUUGUAUACGAUGCGUCAGCAAAAAUAAAGGGUGAAAACAGCAGUCUUAACGAAUGUCUGUACAGGGGUCCUGUCAUGCUACAAGACCUUUGUGGAAUACUCCUACGAUUUAGGCUGCACAAAAUAGCUAUUACUGCAGAUAUUGAAAAGGCAUUCCUUCAAAUAGGUCUACAGCCUGACUCAAGGGACGUUACUCGAUUUUUGUGGUUGAAAAAUUCUGAAAGUACAAUUCUUGAUAAUAACAUACAAGAAUUCAGAUUCUGUCGUGUGCCCUUUGGGGUCAUUUCAAGUCCGUUUUUGUUGGGUGCAACUGUAGAACAUCAUCUUUCGACAUAUAAUACAAGAUUUGCACGUCAGUUGAUAGAUGAUAUCUAUGUCGACAAUGUUAUCACCGGAACAAACACUGUAGAAGAUGCUGUGCAACUGUACAAAGAAAGUAAAUCGAUAUUUAGCGAAGCGUCAAUGAAUUUACGAGAAUGGAGUACGAACAAAGAAGAAGUUAACAAGAUUAUUUCGUCAGAAGAUAGUGCUGCAUGUGAAACGAUAAAAGUGCUUGGACAUAACUGGGACACUAAAAAUGAUGUUAUCAGUGUGAAUAGGCCAGCUGUCUCGAAAGAAUGUGUGGAACGAUUAACCAAACGUAUUGUUCUAAAGCAGCUGGCUUCCAUAUAUGAUCCUCUAGGAUUAUUUUCACCAAUAAUUGUGAGAGGAAAAAUGCUUCUUCAGUCAUUGUGGAGUAGAAAAUUCGAGUGGGAUGAUCGUAUAGAUGAGGAAAGUAAUAAAGUAUGGUCGUCUAUUGCUGAGGAUCUUCACCAACUAGCUCAAGUUACAAUCCCCAGAUAUUAUGGUGGUUCUAGUGGUGAUAAAGAAACGCAGUCUCGUCUUCUGUGCUUCUGUGAUGCUUCGGAGCGAGCAUACGCGACUUCAGUUUACCUGCACUGCAUGAAUGACCAGGAGGCAAAAUCAAAUCUAGUGUUUUCAAAGACAAGACUUGCCCCUACACAAACUACAACGAUACCAAGGUUAGAAUUAAUGGCUGUGCUUAUCGGCGUUCGAUGUAUACAGUUCGUCAGAUGUCAGCUUGGUCUUCUAUUAGAAGGAGUUUUUUUGUGGACUGAUUCGCAAUGUGUGUUGAAGUGGAUUAAUACAGAAAAAAGCUUGUCUACAUUUGUGUCUAAUAGAAUACGGGAAAUAAAAGAGUGCAAAGGUAUAGUGUUCGGGUAUGUUCCGUCAAAGGAGAAUCCUGCCGAUAUAAACAGCAGAGGAUCUACACUAAAAAGUCUUAUAGAAAAUCAGCUCUGGUGGCAUGGUCCAGAUUGGCUAAGUAAGCACGAGAAUGAGUGGCUGAAAGACAGUUACGAUAGUGAAGAUAGCAACUGUAACGUGAAUAAACACUACGAAUCGGAAAUUAAAAGAGGGAAAACAAAGAAUGUAAACGAAAGCGAAUUAGUGUCAGUGAACAGUAAUGAUAGUUCAUCAACGAUUGCGCCAGUUGGGAUUGAUAUCACCCGAUUUUCUUCAUUCACAAAGCUUCUGAGAGUGACUGUUUUGUGUUUUCGGUUUAUUCAGAGAUUAAAAAAGAAAAGCUGUGAUACAGGAUGUAUUAAAAGUGCUGAAUUGGAGGGUGCUGAGCGAAAAUGGCUGUUGCAUAUUCAGGAAAAUUAUUACAAGGAGGUAUUUGAUGCUAUCAAAAGCAAUAAACCGAACAAUCUACAGAAACAGCUCGAUCUUUACAUCGAUGAAACUGGUUUACUCCGAUGCAAGGGUAGAUUGGAGCACUCAGGUUUAUCACAGGGAGCACGGCAACCAAUACUUCUGCCAAAGAAAGAUACCUUUACCCGCUUGCUAGUUGAGAGUACACAUAAACACUUGCUUCACAGUGGUGUUUCACAGACUUUGAGUGCAGUACGACACAAGUAUUGGAUACCGUGUGGACGAGCUGUCGUUCAUGGGGUAUUGCAGUCAUGUACAGUAUGUCUUAAAGUUGAGUGUGGUCCUUAUCGAAUGCCACCGAUGCCACCUUUACCAGAAAUGCGUGUAAAUAAAGCAAAGCCAUUUUCAAAAAUUGGUUUGGAUUAUACGGGUCCGUUGCAGAUCAAGAAAGUGUGGGUUUGCCUAUUUACCUGUAUGGUAACACGGGCUGUGCACCUGGAAAUGGUUCAGGACAUGUCAACGGAAGAAUUUUUACUUUGCUUCAGGCGUUUUGUGACCCAACGCGGUUCGCCUAGUGAAAUAUUUAGUGACAAUGCUGCACAGUUUAAAUUAGCAAGUGACACAAUAGAUAAGGUAUGGAAAAGAAUUGUACAUAGUGAAGAUGUUCAAAAUUAUAUAACAAAUGAGAAAAUAGUAUGGAAAUUUAAUGUUGAAAUGGCCCCGUGGAUGGGGGGAUUUUAUGAAAGACUUGUUGGCAUCGUAAAACGGACAUUACGUAAAGCAAUUGGUAAACAGCUUCUCACAUGUAUACAACUACAAACUGUACUGAAGGAAGUGGAAGCAGUAGUCAACUCGAAACCAUUAGUAUAUGUUAGUGAUAUUCAAGUUUACGAUUUAAGUGAUAUUAGUGAUGAUCAAAAUGAUGGCGAUAUUAGUGAUAUUCAAGUUUACGAUUUUAGUGAUGUUAGUGAUGAUAGUCAAAAUGACAGAGAUGAUGUAUUGCAACAAAACGAUGACGACAUUAAUGAUGUGCAAGAUGACGAUUCCAGUGAUUGUCCAGAGUGA